GCAGUUUCACGUGGAGCAGGAAGCAUCUGUUAGCCGCAGCAGCUAAACACAAAGUGACCAAUACUUAUGUGGAAAGACGAUUACAGGUGCCGAUUAUUGGAAGCAUGAAGAAUAGAGCUGGUGGCGGUGUAGACAAUCGACUCAAGCAGAGAGUUGAACAGUACCUUAGUACUCAGGACGGCGAGUAUGUGGACAUCACUAAAGUGGCACUUGAACUGCAAAGACUUCACAGAAUGGACUAUGGCCGGCGGAACAAGAUUGCAUUCAGGAUCCAAGUGGAAAAAGUCCAUGCAGUUAUAUGUAAUGAGUCUGGAUUGACGGAUCUGGAGAACAAGCACUUGGCUAAGAGAGCCCGACACAGCCGAAAAGAUGCGGGGGACGGCAGCAGUGUCUCUGAUGACAGCUCAGACAGUGACGAGGAUAUUCCUGAAAACCUGCCCACCAACCAGAUGAACAAUUCCCUCAUGUCCCUCUAUCGGAAGGGGAUUCCCGAGAAUGCAUCAUCUCCGCGGGGUGAAUCGUCUGCAGCAGACAGCCCUGGGGAUACGCCCCGGGCCACGCCCCACAUCGCUGGUACCCUGGUGUCUGCAGGGGGUUGGUUUAUAGACAAGGGGCACGGGCCAGAGCGAGACAACAUCCUGAUUGACCUGUGUGAGGACGAGGGGGAGGGACUAGCAGUUGCUGAUGGACACAAAGAUACCGAUGUGUCGAUGUUGGAACCUGAGAAGACGCCAAAGAAAAAAGGACUUACAAAGUCCAGACGGCGGAAAGCGGCGGAAUCCAAAGGAAAGGAUGGCGAUAUCGAAGCCAGUAUAAUGAGCAAGAAAGCCAAGACGAAAGGCCCUGAACUGCAAGCCUCAACAGUUACGUUUGAAGACGUCGGAGGGAAUGACGCAACAUUGACGGAGGUGUGUAAGCUGCUCAUCCACAUGAGGCACCCAGAGGUGUACCAGAAGCUUGGUGUGGUCCCUCCACGGGGCUUCCUCCUCCACGGCCCCCCCGGCUGUGGCAAGACUCUGCUGGCCCAGGCUGUGGCUGGGGAGAUGGACUUGCCCAUGCUGAAGGUGUCUGCUCCAGAACUGGUGUCAGGAGUCUCUGGGGAGUCUGAGCAGAAGCUCAGGGAACUGUUUGAGCAGGCUGUGACCAACUCCCCAUGCAUCAUGUUCAUUGAUGAGAUUGACGCCAUCACCCCCAAGAGAGAGGUGGCCUCUAAGGACAUGGAGAGGAGGAUAGUCGCCCAAUUACUCACCUGCAUGGACGACCUGAACGCUCUGGCCGUCACUACCCAGGUGUUGGUCAUCGGUGCCACCAACAGGCCAGACUCCCUGGACCCUGCGCUACGGCGGGCCGGACGCUUCGACCGGGAGAUCUGCCUCGGCAUACCUGAUGAAGAAGCUCGUCUGAGGAUUUUAAAAACACUGUGCCGGAAGCUGAAACUUCCCGAAGACUUCGGCUUUCGACAGCUGGCGAGGCUCACCCCGGGGUACGUGGGCGCCGACCUCAUGGCGCUGUGUCGCGAGGCUGCCAUGAGCGCCGUCAACAGAGUCCUCCUUGAGACGCAACAGCAGACACAGAGCCCGGGGCUGGUGUCCAUGGAGGAGGAGGAGGCUGGAGGGCCCCAGGAGGAAAAGACUCUGGCUCCAGCUCCAGGUCUCCAGGAGGCUGCCGCUCAUAUGGAAGAGAGCUGCCCAGCACUGACCAUUCCAGACGUUCUUUCCCCAGCAGACGCCUCGCUGGCUAAAGAGGAACCUGCAGAGCAGGGGGAGCUGUCUCGUCUGCUGUCUCUCCUGAAGAGCAGCGAGUCCCUCUCGGAAGAGCAGCUCUCCGGCCUCUGCAUCCUCAUGGCCGACUUCGAGUCGUCCUUGGCCAGCGUGCAGCCGUCCGCCAAGCGCGAGGGCUUCGCCACUGUGCCCGACGUCACGUGGGCGGACGUGGGCGCCCUGCAGGACAUCAGGGAGGAGCUGACCAUGGCCAUCCUGGCUCCAGUGCGGUCACCGGAGCAGUUCAAGGCCCUGGGCCUCAGCGCCCCUGCAGGGGUGUUGCUGGCUGGUCCACCAGGAUGUGGCAAGACUCUGCUGGCAAAGGCAGUGGCCAAUGAGUCAGGACUCAACUUUAUCUCAGUCAAGGGGCCUGAGUUGCUCAACAUGUAUGUUGGAGAGAGCGAGAGGGCCGUGCGACAGGUAUUCCAGCGAGGACAAAACUCCGCCCCUUGCGUCAUCUUUUUCGAUGAGAUCGACGCUCUGUGCCCGCGCCGCUCUGGCCACGAGUCUGGCGCCAGUGUGCGUGUUGUCAACCAGCUGCUGACAGAGAUGGAUGGGCUUGAAACGAGGCGCCAGGUUUUUAUCAUGGCUGCCACCAACAGGCCAGACAUCAUUGACCCGGCUGUCCUGAGACCGGGCCGCCUGGACAAGACCUUGUACGUGGGGCUGCCCCCUCCAGCGGACCGCUACGCCAUCCUGCUCACCAUCACCAAGGGUGGCACCAGGCCCCAUCUGGAGCAGAACCUGAGUCUGGAGGAGAUUGCCCACGACGAGCGCUGUGACUGUUUCACGGGGGCAGACCUGUCGGCUUUGGUUCGAGAAGCAUCUGUCAACGCCCUGAGAGCCCAUCUACUGACCCACCCCUCUCCUGCCUUUUCAGGUCACACGUUCUCAAAAGGCUCAGUAGCGGACAUCAGGGUCACCAAGGAGAACUUUGAGGAUGCCUUCAAAAAAGUGCGUCCGUCGGUUUCUAAAAAAGACCAGCGUAUGUAUGAGCUGCUGCGGGAGUCUCUGACACGGUAGUGGCAGAGAUGUGAGGAUGACGGGGCCUCACUGUGAUGUUCUAACAUUCACUUUUUGUUAAAAUGUUUUUUUUUAGGUCUAAUCACACUUUAUGUACAUGUUUAUUCUGUUUAACGAAUGCAGAAGUAAAUCUUAGGAAUGCCGUUG